ACAUUGCCCUUCACUUCUCAGAUCAUUCAGAUCAAAUUGUUCAUUCAUUUCCUCGAAGUCAAAAGAAAUGGCACUUGAUGUACUCAAAUGGCGACUUUCUCAUUUCUCAUUUCUAGGCCUAAGUAUAAAACGGACAUGAAGUGGAAGGAAUUCAUCAGAUCCUCAUUUGGACAUUCAACAGCUCAGCAGUUCCCUCUAAACUUCAAUUUUGAAAAUGAUGGCAUUUAAGCAGGUUUUCCUGGCCGUCGUUUGUGUGGCAGUUGCCGUCAGUUCGGCGGAAGAGGAACAGCAACAGGAGGCCGCAAAGGACUUGAAGACGGAAGAGACGCACAUUGGCGGCUACGGAUUAGGCAACGGACUCUACGGCGCCGGCCAAUUCGGCAACGGCUUCUACGGCCAUGGACUCGGCUACGGCAACGGCCUGUCCCUUGGCGGAAUUGGAUCUUAUCCUGGUGCCUACGGGGGAUACGGGGGUUAUGGAGGCCUUGGGGGAUACGGCGGAGUCGGAGCAUAUGGAGCCGGUCACUACGGAGCUGGGGUGGUGCCUUACGGCGGAAUCGGAGCUUAUGGCGGAAUCGGGGGAGGAUACGGCGCUAACCACAAAAACGCGUACGGAUCGAACCACGGCCACAACCAGGGCCACUCCAAUUACGAAAGUUUCAACAAAGUGAUCAGCCAUCAAAGCCACAACUCAGGAUCCGGUGGACAUCACUCUGGAAGCGCUGGCCAUGCCCUUGGUGGAGUCGGAGGCAUCGCUGCUUAUUAAUUCCCAUCCGCAUUUCGAUUAAGUGACACCGGUCUCAUUAAUUCCGCUUAUUGUAUUUCACGCCAACCAUUUUCAUCGAGAUUUUAUUUUAUUCUAAAAAAAUCCAAUGGUUUGGAUUUGUUUUAAUGUCAGAGGAUAAUACACUGCUCUCCCGUAUUAAA